AGUCAUGUUAAACAAUGUGGUUGAAGACGAACACACUUCCUUCCCAGCAGUCACACUGAAGUAAAGCUUGAGUGAUUCUCUCUGCAGUCAUGUCUGAAGUCUGGCUGAGGAUCAUCGCCGUUGUUUCUGUCUGCUGUUCUGCUCUGAGCCAAGCAGAGGACAGAGGAGUGGUGUGGAGAGACGUUGGAGAAUCCGUCACCAUCCAGUGCAGAACUCCUGCAGACCAGGAGUACCUGUACCUGAGGAUGGGCCUCAGCGAAGACACCGAUGUUUUCUUCACGGAGAAGGCCUCAGGAAAAAUCACCAUUUCCAAACAAUACCAAUACAGACUUCAGUCUGACGGAAAGUUCCCCAACGUGGAUAUUCUCAUCAAGAACCUGACGGCCAACGACACGGGGCCCUACUGGUGCAUGUACAAAGUGUUCGACAGGAAGAUCCAUAAACCCGUAUCCACCAAAGGCAGCGGCUCGGUGCUCCUGGUCGUGACACGUGACAAACAUGCAGCCAGAGCCACAUCCACAGCUCCACCCUGCGAUGCGUCUCAUCAGGACCUGGUGAUGGUUUCAGUCGUGAUCUCAGCUGCUGUGCUGCUCUGCAUCCUCAUGGCCUUCCUCAUCAUGAUCAUCCUCAAGAACCGAAGGCUGCAGGGCACCGACAGAGGGCCGGUCAGUCCAGACAUGACCAAGUCUCUGCGAGCCUCAGUAGCACCGAGACGUCUCCCCACCAACGACGUCUACGAGGACAUGAGAGGAACGUUCAGACGCUGAAGGAAACUCAGAGACGAGGAACGAGUUCAUCUGAAGCCACGCAGCAGUUCAGCCAGCUUCCUGUGACGGUUCAGAUCAGCCUGAAGCAAACAAAACAAAACAACACAACAACGUCAUAAACAAAUGGUUUGGUGCAAUGAGACGAGACACAGCGGCUCCAUCUGGAACAGUGUGACAGGAUGUCUUAUACUGACUAGCUUUAAUGCCUGUAAAUUCUUCUUUAAUUUCUUAGAAUUUUGUACAACGUUUCAUACAAACAAGGUUAUGAAACAGAGUAAAAGUCCUCAGACAGAGGAGGAGACACAAUGUUCCUCAUUUUAGUUGUUUUUCACCUCUUUUGUGUCACUUUUGAAACAUUUAUGCCUCAUUUUUGUAUUUUUUUUUCUUCUUUUGUGGCACACUUCAGGCAGUUUUACCUACUUUUGGUAGUUUUUCACCUCUUUUCUGUAACUUGUGAGACAUUUUCACCUCAUUUUGCUUGUUUUUCACCACUUUUAUGUCAAUUUUGAAACAUUUUUGCCUGAUUUUGGUUGUUUUUCACAUCUUUGCUGACACUUUUCAGAUAUUUUUGCCUCACUUUGGUUGUCUCUCCAUAUAUGAGAUUUAUUGCAUAAAUGUCAAAGGCACUGUAAGUUACCAUACUAUGUAUUGUAAUGAUAAUAUCAACUGUAAUCUAUGUACAGAAAUGAUUCAUUAAAUUUGUGGAAUUUGUA